AAAUCUUUAAAUAUCAAUGAAGUUUAUAGUUCGCUUACAAAAAAUUACAACGAUCAGUACACGCGUAUGCCGGUGGUGUCGCUGUAUGCAAUGGUCCUGUAUACUCUCACUGGACCAUCCUAUUUUCAUUUAUGUAUUUGCGUUUGUAUGCAUAUAAAUAUACUUAUAUAGAAAUGGACGUGAAUAGACCUGAAACAUCAAGCAAUGGAAUGCCAAUGUUUAUUAUCAUUUUUUAAUCAUAUUUUGUAACGCGUAUUCGAAAACAGAAUAUUUAAGUAUUUUACAGAACUAACAUAAUCGGCUAGAACAGGAUUGUACGUUCACUCUUCGAUCAUAUUUCCUGUUUCAAGUGAUAUUCUUCAGGAAAACUUAGGUUUGUGAAAUGUGUGCUACAGUAUUUAUGAGUUUCCUUUAAACGGUAGAUAUUCAGUGAAAAAGUUAUUUGAAAAGCGUUAUCGAGCAAUAUAUACGAAAUAACCUAACCGGUGAAAUGGCAUCAUCGUUAUCAGCAUAUUGGGUAAAAUUCUUUAAGGGUGCAGGAUUUCCUCAAGAUGUAGCCACAAAGCAUGCCGUUGUAUUUUCUAAUAAUCGUAUAAAACCAGAUAUGCUGCCAGAUUUGGACAAACCUAGUCUAAAAGAAAUGGGCAUAACUUUAAUGGGAGAUAUGAUUGCGAUUUUAAGGUAUGCAAAGAAAGUAGUCGAAGAGACGACGUGUGAAAGAUUUCUUGUCGAUACAGAAGACCCAUCCACAAUUCCGAAACAAAUCGCAAAGAAAGUAGUGACUAAAACACCUAUUAAAACAGUGGCUUCCAAAGUUAAAUCUGAUGCUGUAGUCACAAAGAAGAUUGUGAAAGUUCCGACAAGUUCAGUGAAGAAAACUGUUAGUGUUAAAAAACCAGUAUCCACAUCUAACGAAGUAAUAGCGGACUUUACCAAUCAAAAGAAACAAACUAUUCUCAAAAGAAAAUUAGAUAAUGAAGAAUAUGACAGUAACAAUGAAGAAGAAUGGAAUGGAACAGUUAAAAAAAUAAAGUCAUUAGAUAAUAAGGAUGAUAAAGUAGGCUAUACAGUAAUACUUCCAAAAGGAUCAACAUCUAGAAGUCAACAGAUUCUUAAAAAGUCUACAGAACAAAAGAGAACUGUUUUCGAUAGACUAGGUGAUAGUUCUGUAACCAGUACAACAAACCUGGCAGAAACAUCUCCAACAUUUAAUAUUACUGGAUUAGGAAAAGAUGUGUUGAAGAGAUCUAUAAGUGUCUUUAAACGAUUAGGAGAUAAAGAUGCCCAGAAAGAUAAUACAACUCAAGUAGGUAUAUUAAAAAAUGGAGCAUCUAGUACGGGAAUACUAAAGACUAAAAGUACUGGCACGAGAACCUCCAUCAUUACAACAAAUAAAGUAAUACCAAAAACCAUGGGGACAAUGAGAGCUGAUCAAGAAGCUAGUAGAAAAGUUAUGACAAGCAAUAUGACUCAACUAGUGAAAACAAGUAAAAAAAUUUCUUUCAAUAACACAUCUUCAAACAAUACUAGAACAACAAAGUCUAGCGUUACAUCCGGAAAAUUAGCCUCUGAACGACUGACUUCGAUACCAGCGAAAGCACGUUUGGGAACAGUAAAGCCAACUGGCACUAAACAAGUAACUUUUGAUAGAAUUACAACAGUGGCACAUCUAAAGAAACCAGAUGUUUUCAGUCGCCUUGGAAUUUGAAUACUAUGAAUCCCUUGUAUUAAAUUAAUAUGUCUACAAAUAAGACUUCUUUGUACAAAGUUAAAUAGUUUCGUACAAUAUAGUAUGUAGAAGUACAGAAAGUACUUACUAUCAUUAAAUGGUGUUAAUUAAAAAGUAACAUUAAAUAUGAAGACUCUUCAAAAAUCUUAUUAUUUUCUAGUAAUCGAUCAUUGUAGACUCGUAAUUUCAUUAAAAGAUGCAGGUACAUUUAACAAUACAAUUAUACUUUUAUUUUCAUAAAAGCGUAUAAAAAUUAUAUUUUCCGUACAAUCUUUUCAUAUUAAUUAACAGUCUUAGAUGUACGUUUUUAUUAACACGAAUAUGAAAUGUAUACAAAUAUAUGACUUUUAAUCAGGAAAUGAUAUUAGAAAAAUCAGUACAUUGUUUAAUACUAAUAAACAACUUUUUAUACAAAAUAAUUUAUGAUUUUUGUAGUUUACACAUGAAUGAAUUUGGGUUUGUACAUAACAAUCGUAAGUCCCAGAGGGAACUCAUGCUUCAAUACAUAAAAUCAAAGUAAUAAUACCUAAUUUUCAAUAUUCGCUCGAGUUACGUGCAAAAGUGAUGUUUUUUGUAAUAUAAAAAAUAAAAAAAAUACUAUACAUGUUAUAACAAUAAGUUAAUUUGU